AAUCCAGCUAUGAUGGAUAUUGUAUCUUAAUUCUACUUUAAGAUUCCACAAUGAAAUGAAAAACGACAAUUUUCAUGCUUUGUUGUACGUUUUGGUACAUAAAGUACAAAUGUGUGUAGAUUAUCACAGCAAUACAGUUCCAGUAUAAAAGGCACAUUCAUAAUUGCCCUCCUAAGAUCCAUUAACACUUUGCCUUCCAAAACGGUUGUGCAACACAUUUGUCUCAACAACCCUCGUAGUGGCAUGAGUAGUGUGUGUAUGAACAUGUCACAACCUCACUUCCAAGAAUGGAUUCAUUUGUUUGUAUGCUUUUCUUCUUGGGAUUUGUGUUCCCAUGGUCUUAUGUGGGUAUUGGGGUGGGAACUGGUAUUGCAGAUGUGGGUGAAAUACACUGCUCUUUGAUAAGGUAGUCUUCCCUGGAGAUAUGUGGGAGAGAUGCUCUCCACUGGCUGGUGAGGCAUUAAGCCACAACCUCGGGGGAGGUGGGGGUACUUCUGGUUGGAACAGGGGGGGCAUCCUUGGCCUUAUUGUCCUCAGAUCCAUGGUGUGACCUGGGACAACCCCCUCUGAGGGCCAAAUCGCAAGAGUCCUUACCCUCACACGGCUUCUAAAGAAACUGUAAAUGUUAGGGUGACUGCCAGAAAGAGGCAGCAGACCACUAGCAGAGCUGUCAACACACUGGCCAUCCAAUGAUAGGGGUCUGUCUGUCGCACUGAUACACCAGUGGGAUCCGAGGCUGGGACGGUGUUGACAGAAGUGCGAUAUGGAGUACUGGGGGAAAGAGUGGGACUAGAGGCUAUAGUUGUGGCAGUAUUUGGGCUGGAAAAACAGUCACGUCUGAAGCUCACAGGGCCUACCUUGCUGAUGGGGAACUCUGGGAGCAUUGCCUGGCUGAAUGCAGGGCUACUCUGUCUGGCCUCUGAACUAAUUUCCUCCCACAUGCGCCAGACCUGACCCACAGGGCACCGUCCCUCGACACCAUCUCCCCCCCACCUGUCAUAGGGUGAAGUUGUAUCAAGACACAAUAGUGGAUCCAGGUGCCAGGGACAGCAUUGAAGAAGCGGGACCGCUUGUCCAGGAGAGGCUCCAACCUGUGGCGCAGUUGAACAUGAUCCUUCAAGUUGUCCUCCACAUUGGUGUCAUACCAUGUCAUUAUGUGUCCAAUUACUAGACUGCCUGGUUACGAGGAAACCAGAAAUGCUACCAGGCAGGGACCCUCCAAAGGAUUCUGACACAUUCAAGGCUGGCUGAACACAUUGCUUUCUAUAGUUUUAUAUGUUCAGGGUUCCACUUUACUAUCAUAUAUAAAAUAAUAUAAAAUAACCUUACAUUAUAACUGUAACUCAAGUUAUGUAGUCUACAUAUAUGAAAUGCACCUGUCAGCUCAUUUAUGUAGACAAAACCCUGUAGCAACAUGCACAAGAUACAGCCACCUCAAAAAGCAGCCCCAUCCACCCCUAUUAUUCAGCCAUGUCCUAUUUCAUCCCCCUCUUACAGUUGUGAUGGAUAGAGGGGGAUGUUGACAAACCCAGGGGGUGACAUCAAUGAGAGACUUUUUGAAAAAAUAAACUAUCACUGAGUUUCUCAAUGCCGCUAGGCUUUAGUUGCCCUGUCCUUUAUUCAGCUCUCCACUGUGAAAGAAUGUGGUCACGCAACAGGACAACAGUGGUCAGUUGUUGCUCAAAGUCUCAACAUUUCCCUUUUGCCUUUUUCUUUACAUAUGGAGUUAAGUAACAGAGCGUUACUUAGCUUAGAUUUUAAUUGACCCAGUUUCCCUGCAGUGAAAGAAUGUUUGGCUUGAGUUGCAAGCUGACCCUUGACAAAGUGACCACUUGGUCCCGCUGGGUUUGGGUUUAUGCUGUGGGGUCACACCUGAACUAACUUGUAUUGGGGGCCACCAUGUCUCAGCAGGAUAUGGAUAUGGGCCAGGCAGUUUAAUGAUUAACAUGAGGAAAUUGGCGCACUGGAAUCCCAGACCAUAAUGAUUCCUUAUAAGGGAUGUAACUGACGAUGACAGAAUACAGCGCAGUGUAGUAGUGCAAAGCUCAAAUAAAUCAGUAAAUCAUAAAUUCCACGAAUAUAUUUUUCACAGUGUGGUCAACAUAUUAUUACUACAAUUGUUUUUUUAGUUUAGUCCACAUGAGUGUACUGUAAUGAUCAAUUAUUAACUUGUUAUAUUCACCACACUAAUAAACUCUUAGGACUAGAGGGAGGAGUUAGAAGAUGUUCUCAAAGUACAUUUAGGUUUUUCCUCUGAGAGGAUCAAGGAAAUUGCACAUCGAGAUGGCGCUUAACUGGCCCGGCCUGCUGUCAAUCGGGGUGUUCUACCUCAUCGUCCUCGCGACAGGCGUCUGGGCAUCUAGGAAGUCCAAACGCGAGGAGAGGAAGUGCACUGGAAACCUUAGUGAGGUUGCCAUGGUUGGAGGGCGUAACCUCAACAUCUGGGUCAGCAUCUUCACUACCACAGCUACAUGGGUGGGAGGAGGUUUCAUCUUAGGCAAUGCUGAGGUGGUCUACGACCCUAAAAGAGGCCUGGCUUGGGCCAUCGCACCAAUAGGCUUCGUCCUUAGCCUGGUUGUAGGUGCGUUGUUCUUUGUGAAACCGGUCCGAGAGAAGAAUUACGUCACCAUAAUGGAUCCGUUCCAGGAGAAGUAUGGAAACACAUUAACUGCUAUUCUCUUUAUCCCAUCACUCCUUGCUGACAUCUUCUGGAUAGCCUGUGUGCUCGCUGCAUUGGGGGGAACGGUGAGUGUGAUCAUGGAUAUCCCAUCACCCUUGGCUGUGGCCCUGUCUGCUGCCGUGGCAGUUCUCUACACAUUACUGGGAGGGCUGUACUCGGUGGCCUACACUGAUGUCAUCCAGCUCAUCUUCAUGUUCCUCAGCCUGUGGUUCUGUGUGCCCUUCAUACUGAUGAGCCCCGCCUCAACAGACAUUACAGUCACAGCGGUGACAAAACUGUAUCAGGAGCCAUGGACCGGCAGGCUGAAGUUGGCAGACGCAGGGCGCUGGCUGGAUGACCUGCUACUGGUGACUCUAGGUGGAAUCUGUUACCAGGCCUUCUACCAGAGAGUCCUGGCCACAGCCACUGUGGCUCAGGCUCAGUUCACUUGCUAUGCUGCCUCUGUCUUCUGCUUCAUCCUCGCCAUACCACCUCUUCUCAUUGGUGCUGUGGCAGCAUCCACAGAUUGGAACCAGACCAGUUUUGGUCUACCUACUCCCUACGAGCAGGGCAAGGCGGGUAUGAUUCUGCCCAUCUCCCUGCGCUACCUGUGUCCACCUUUCGUCUCUCUUGCCGGAAUCGGCGCCAUUGCUGCUGCUGUGAUGUCAUCUAUUGACUCAGCCCUGCUGUCUUCUGCGUCCCUUUUUGCCCGAAACAUCUACAAAAACAUUUUCAGCAAAAGGGCCUCUGAGAAACAAAUUCUACGGGUUGUAAAGGUGUCCAUCCUACUGUUUGGUUUCAUGGGGGCGGGCUUGGCAAUGACAACCUCCUCUGUGUAUGUCUUCUGGAUUCUCAGUGGAGAUGUGAUGUACACGGUAGUGUGUGCACAGUUGAUCUGCGUCCUCUUUCUACCUGGGAAGGUCAAUGGGUAUGGUGCCUUGGCAGGCCUUGUGGUAGGGCUACUGCUGCGGCUACUAGUGGGAGAGCCCCUGCUUGGUGUGCCUGGACUCAUGCCCCUUCCCUGGGACAGCCUACACGAGGACGGGCGUCUGCUGCAUGUCUUCCCAUUCCGCACCGGCAUCAUGUUGGUCUCUCUGGCCACCAUCCUGGUUGUGUCACGUUUCGCAGCCUGCCUUUUCCUUAAAGGGCUACUGCCUGACAACUGGGAUGUAUAUGGACUUGGUCAAAAAAGGAGGAUUUUGAUGAAGGAUAUGGUAGCUAAGGAUCUGACUGAGAAGAUUGGACUGAACACAAGGCAGAUGGACCCAUCUCCUCAUGCGAGCACAGAAGAUAUGAGGUCUUUACAAUGACGUGGGGUUCCAUCAUGUAGAUAGUUACAGUGGGGCAAAAAAGUAUUUAGUCAGCCACCAAUUGUGCAAGUUCUCCCACUUAAAAAGAUGAGAGAG